GCGCGGCCGCGGCAGUCGCAGCGGGGCCAUCUUCGGCGGGCGGGCCGGCCGGCUCGGCCAGUGCAGCCGGCGUCCACGUUCCUCGCCCGGCCCGAUGGCGCCGCGGCCGCUGGUCCCCUUGGUGCUGGCGCUGGGCGGCGCCGCGGCCGUGCUCGGCUCGGCGCUCUUCAUUCUCUGGAAGACCUACUUCGGCCGCGGACGGGAGCGGCGCUGGGAGCGGGGCGAGGCCUGGUGGGGCGUGGAGCCUGCGCGCCUCCCGGAGUGGGAUGAGUGGGAGCCCCAGGACGAGGAGGACGAGGAGCCGGCGCUGGAGGAGCUGGAGCAGCGGGAGGUGCUGGUGCUGGGGCUGGAUGGUUCAGGGAAGAGCACGUUCCUGAGAGUGCUGUCCGGGAAGCCGCCGCUGGAAGGCCACAUUCCCACCUGGGGCUUCAACUCGGUGCGGCUGCCCACCAAGGACUUCGAGGUGGACCUGCUAGAGAUCGGUGGCAGCCAGAACCUGCGCUUCUACUGGAAGGAGUUUGUGAAUGAAGUGGACGUGCUGGUGUUCAUGGUGGAUUCGGCUGACCGACUGCGGCUGCCCUGGGCCCGGCAAGAGCUUCACAAGCUGCUGGACAAGGACCCUGACCUGCCUGUCGUUGUGGUGGCCAACAAGCAGGACCUGAGCGAGGCCAUGAGUAUGGUGGAGCUGCAGCAGGAGCUAGGCCUGCAGGCCAUCGAUAGCCAGCGAGAGGUUUUCCUUCUGGCGGCUAGUGUCGCCCCUGCAGGACCUGGCUUUGAAAACCCCGGCACCGUGCACAUCUGGAGACUACUCCUGGAGCUUCUCUCCUAGGCAGCGCCUACCUGCUCACCCCAGCCCUGGGAACCCCAGUUCAGCUGCUCCUGCUUCUUUAUGGCCUGGGCCUGGGGCAGGCGCCCCAGGCAGCAUUCCCUUCUCCCCUCCUUUCCCCCCUUAAGACAGUGCCUGGGCCAGGCAGAGAAUUGCACCAAAGCCCUCCUACUUAGGAGAGUGGCCCUCAGGUUGAAGCAGUAGUGGGUGAGGCCGAUAGUGGGAGAAGGUGGUUGUCUAGGUCAUUCCAACUAGAACUGGGUCCAGCUUUUGUCCCUGAAGGCAUCCUCUGACCUGAACCAUGAGCUUUCAGUGGGUUCCAUUCUCCCCUCCCUGCAGGUGCUGGUGGUUGAGGACCAGUGUAGCUAUCAGAAGUUUUCCCACGCUAGACUGUCCCCUCAUCAUGACUCCUUACACAGGCAGGUUCUGGACUCCCUGUCUGCAUCAUCCUACUGCCCCACCUCUGCCCAACUAGCUCGUGGCCUUGUGGAGUCUCUGCCUUGCUGGCUGCAGGGCCAGCACUUUUAAAGGGAGGUGAUAUCCAUGUCUUUUCUACCUUGGGGAAAUGUAUUUUCCAGCCCUAGGACAUUGGUGAAGGAGCAAGGAGCUUUCUGAAGAUCUCCCUGCUUCCCCUAAACCCCGUCCUGGCUGGCCAGCCUCUCUUACCUACAGAAUAAGUGGUAUUCAACCCCUAAUCAGAAAAAAAAAAAACUGGACUUUUUCCUCUCUAAUCUGUAGACAGAAACUGCUGCUAUUGCGCUAACUGUGCCAGUGCCCAUGUUUACAUUAGUCUGGGGAAGGAAAGAGCCAUGUCCCUGGGAAGAACAUCGUCCACCAGAGCAGGGUGUCGGCCUCGGACCUGCUUUCUGAUUAUUUAUCAAGGGAACAGACCAGAGUUUUAGGCUCUGUUUCUAGGUGCUGUAACCAAAACCCUAGGUGAUUGUUACGGGAAAUUGGAUCUUUGAGAAAAAUAACUGGAAUCACGAAUGACAGUGUAACCUACAGGUAUCAGUGGAGAUGGAGCUCUGACUUCCCUCACCCACCUAUAACUGGUACCGUGAUACUUCUCACUGAUGUCGAAGGGACACAAGUCUCUUGUGUAGAGGUAACAAACAACUCUGGGAGGGGACAUUUCAACCGUGAAUCCAGCUACAAAGAAAUGGGAUUUACAGUCCAGCCAACAGGAUGUCCUUGGGUCCAUCACUCAGCCUUUCUGGACCCGUAGGUUCCCCAGCUAAAGCAAAGUUGGAUGGAGAGUCUGGCAUUCUCUCCAGACUGCCUUCCACGAUUCUCUUGUUUCCAGUCAUCAGCCAGUGUGAAGAUUGUCUGUGUUGACUCUUUAGUAUAGGCAAAAGAAGGAGCCUUUUGUCUAUCAGGAGCCACUGAAUAAUGAGCAGGCACAAAUGGACUUUAUACAGAAGAGAUCUUCAACUCAUUUUGCCUUUUAAUUGAGAAUAGAGAUUCUGUGCCUUCAUUUCAUUUGACAUUGACUGUACUUCAGUUCUAGGCUGUGACUGCGCUAGCAGAGGAUCGGGGUGGGGAUGUGGGCUGGGAAGCUUCUGGACUUGAGAAGUGAGCACAGACGUGGGAAGAAAAGCCUGCUGAGCUCUUGGGCUGCAGAGAUAGGAAUGGAAUCCAGUUCUUUGAAUGCUGAUGAAACUUAUGCAUUAAGAAGUGAUUUUUCUGCUUUUAUUUAAAAUAUUUAAGGAAUGACAUGGAGUUUAGAAUAACCUUUGAAACUGCUGCCAACUUUUCAUUUUGCCAUUGGAAGGUCAAGAAACGUGACUUCUUUGUCCUACAAACUCCACCCUAUUCUCCAGUGCUUGAAACAGCACUGUCGAGGGAGGCCCUUCAUUCUAAUUAAGAUCUGCCUUUGACCUAUUAAGUAUUAUGAUGUAGUACAAUUUUAAAGACCCCAGUGAUGGGGAGGUGAACUUGAAUAGAGUUUAAGUAUAUCUACUAGAGGAACUUUUAAAAACCACUCUCAGAGUUGACAGGUCCCAGUGGCUCAUGGGAAACACCUGCCACUGAAGGUGUGGAAGAUCGCGCACCAUCCCUCCAACACUUAACUUGUGCAAGAGCAUAGGCCUUCUGUUGGCCUGUGGAGUGCCUCACCAGGUUUGUGGCUGACAGCUGCAGUCCUCUGUGGGGACUGCUGGCCCAUUCUCCAGGCAGAGUGCCAAACAGUGCCCAUCUGCUCUGGUUUCUGCCAGGACUAGACUGGCCAAGCCUGUGCGGGGGUAGGGGUGA